CGCGCAUUAGGCCCCCUGGUUAUUUUAAAGUACCACACCUUUUUAACUCCCCCACUCAACCUGUAGAAAUGCUCCAUCAUCUAUAUAUGGAUUGACUAUUGUACAAUCUGCUUCUGCUUUAACAUCUCUGUAUUUUACGUUACUCUACUAACGCUGAUGUUACUGGAGAAUACGUUUGCUCUGCAAAAUGCGAUUUCCUAACAACGUCAGGCGAAUUGAAGAUUCGAAAGGUACAAACCAAAACUUUGUUACUGGAUAAUAAGAACGGAAAAAUCGAUGUUCGGAACAUAUCCUCGGUGUUCAAUGUCGUUUCUAGUGGUCGAAAUUCUAUGAAAUUGCAAGUUCAAGGCAUCAUCCACGGCGUUAUGUUUGUGCUUACCAACAAGAAUGCCCCUGUUAACUUGACUAUGCCCAUGGAAUAUAGAGGUGAUUUCUAUCUGUCGACCUCUGCUGGUUACAAGUCUAAAGCCGAACUGGUAAACCCUUCGGACUCCGGGCAUUCUUUGAGAUUCAAGGUGGUCACUGGAAACUAUGUUAAAGGCACAAAACUCACUCCUUCCAACGUGAGAGAAGAGGCUCGAUAACGAUUGGUAACGAGAACGACGAUGCCACCUUGGUAUUUGCCGACGAAUGAGCAACCAAAUUUAUUCGAAAGUACAAUAAGCAGUUGACUUGGAUUCGUCAGCUUCUAGAUUAUUCCUCUGGAUCCAAUGCAUUAAGCUUAGCAGCAUACGUAUGCGUUUAUAAUUUAUAAAAAUAUAAAAAA